UGCUAGCCAAGCUAGCUAGUUCAACAAUUUGCUCGACUGGGCUCAUAUUGAAAUAUGCUAAUCCACCUUAUAGUCUAUUCGGAGAAGAGGUCAAUAUUGAAGGAAGCCCAUCUCAAUCUCGCGAGGAUUGGUCACACUUGUGGCCUUGCUUUGAUUGCUGUUGCAAUGAUGAUGACAACACAAACUUCGUAGCAAGGUUUCGCCAAGAGGACUAUCACUGUACGACUUCGAUUUCCAAGCAUAAGAAGACACACGUUUCACGUACGAUUGAGUGCAGCAAAAUCUCUUACAGCCUCAAUCUCCGCGAAAAGCACAUACUCCUCGCUCAUCAUUUCCACAAAGUCGAUGGAAAAGACAAGCAAAUGAUCAGAAUGGCAACUUCUGGCGUCCCCUUGUCCAAUAUCGAAACAGUUCUGUGCAAAGCUUCAUUACUGUUGAAGACACCACCUUCAAUGUCCAAUAUCGAGUUGCUCGGCGGUAUUGAGCCUCUCGCACGCAUUCCACAUCCCAAGGUCAUCAUAUGUGCCAUGCUGGAGUUUGUCGAGCAAAACUGUGGGAAACAAGUUGGCCGUUAUCGAGAUUGGAUCGCAAAAAUCGAGAAAGAUGUAAAUGCACAGCGAGAUCCAAGCAACAGCAAGCUCAGAGGCUUACAAUUCGACUACGAUCCGUACGUGAAGUUGAGUGAAACAGGAAUUGACCUUGGUGAAGUCAAACAAAAGCUUCAAUACUUGUUGUCCUCGAUUGAAUCGCUUCAAGAAAUGACAGGCUGUCCAGAGAGCUGCAAUAUGUUCUCGAAAGAUUCACAGGCUCAGCAAAACAAUGCAACUGUCUCGGAGGAAGCAAGGAUCCGGAAUUCACGAUGGUGGCAUCAACUUGAAGCCGCAAGAGUUCGAUUAAUCGCGCUUAAAGGCAAUUGUCAAUAUCACAACAUCAAUGUUGAGAAUUUGCGGGAAAGAGUUAAAGGCAUUCUAAGCAUGGUAUCCAUUCUGCUUGCAGAGAGGGAAAACGCAUGGGGCCGUCAAGCACAGAUCCAAAGACAAGAGACAUCAAAUAAUCAACUUAAAAUCAUUGAAUAUCAAACCAGCAUGUUCGAACAGCAAGAGAUCAUCGUCGCUCAGACGAAGCGAGAUAACACAGUGAUGAAAGUAAUUGCGGUUUUGAGUGCGCUCUUCUUGCCAGGAACCUUUAUCGCUACUCUCUUCAGCGUUCCCGUCUUCAACUGGGACCAAGAAAAUCCUAUUGGUCCACAUUUUAAGACAUAUUGGUAUUUUACCGCGCCUAUUACAACGGUUCUGGUUGUAGGUUUCUCGGCCUGGUUCUUAAAGAUGCGGUAUGACGACAAUCUUGAGGAGAAACGUAGGGUUCACAUCACGAAGGAAGAAGAGGCAGGAUAGAUUCAUAGAAUUCACACUUUCUCUCCUUGACGGGCAAUUCUGAGAAGAGCCAAUCCUUUUACGUCAAGGAUUCAAGACUGAGAAGACUGAGCUCGGGUUAACAAUCGGACGCGCUGCAAGUUGAGCGGCCUUGGCUACUGAUUGGGUCUAAUUAGCCCUUAUAUUUGAGGUUCACAUGAGAUAUCUAAAGGCUCGUAUUUGACUUUGCUCGGGGUAUCGGUGUUCGCUUAGAAUCGGAGGGGUUGAAUUGCCCCCUCAAUUGCUCCCACAAAAAUAUAGCAGGAGGCGGUCUUACCUAUAAAAAUCACAACCUCGUCCUCCC